AUUUUCCUAAAUUGUCUGUAGAUUUAAUUUGCCCUUAGCUUCUACAAUUUAUUGAAUAACUUGAUUCGGAAUAUCCUGGUUUAGAGCACAUACUAUGGUAACAUCAUUGUUGUGUCUUGCAUGAUUUUAAUUGAUGGCACAUGGCUGAGUAAUCACAUUAGGCGAGAACUGAAGAAGAGACCCCCAAACCAAGCUUACAUCUGGACUGACACAAAUUCGUUCAACGGUUUUUUGUGAACUCAUGUCUUGGGGGUUCCCCUCCCCCAUCAACCUUCAUUACUUUGUUCAAUGGGUCUAGGAAGUUUCAGAUGAGCCCUAAAAAAGAAAACACUGUCUAUUGUUCCAAUAAACCGCUUUGGACAGUGCAAUACCGUUGUUUCUAGUAGAGGGCGCUGUGCAGCAUAGAGGGGCUCACGGCCUCGGAUCUUUUUGUCUGAGAACUGGAUCCCGCUGCCGCUUUACAGUGUGUGCGAUUGCUUGGAGCCGCGUCUGUAUCACACUGUCAAACCACUCCAAACGAACACAAUUGCAGCCAAUACAAUUUAUUUACCAUCUAGUACCAUGGCAUUUUUUGUUAGUCGGUGUGAUCGAUCGAUAUUGUAAUUGUUUAUUUGAACUUAGAACAGGGUGAAUCGGCUUGUUUUCUGUGUAGCCGUAUCAGUCUUUAUUAGCGAGCUGGCGCUCUUCUUUCUAUUAGCUAUUUCUUUAACUUUUUUAAACACUCAGCCUCGCGAAUGACUGAGCGCCGGCGGAGUAUGGGAUCCUUGGUGUCUUAGGAAGCGACUGAGAGGGGUUUUAACCGUUUUUAAGGAUCUAAAUGAUGGCAAAUUCGACGGGAAAAAAUCUACCUGAUCAGCGAAGGAAAGGACUGGCUUUCCUGGACGAGCUGCGGCAAUUUCACCAAAGCAGAGGAUCGCCGUUCAAGAAGAUCCCAAUUGUGGGUGGCAAAGAGCUGGAUCUUAAUGCUCUCUAUAUCAGAGUCGUUUCGUUAGGUGGAUUUGCUAAGGUGUCUGAUAAAAACCAGUGGUCUGAACUUGGCGAAGAGUUCAAUUUUCCUAGGAGUUGCUCCAACGCUGCUUUUGUUUUAAAACAGUACUACCUUCGCUAUUUAGAAAAGUAUGAGAAAGUCCACCACUUUGGUGAGGAUGAUGAAGAGGUCCAGCCGGGCAACCCCAAACCAUUACUUCCAAUUGGUGCAAUACCCUGCUCUUACAACUACCAGCAACACUCUGUAUCAGACUAUCUCCGCCAAAGCUAUGGGCUGUCCUCGGACUUUGUGGCGGCGUCGGACUACAACAAGCUGGUGCUGUCGCUGCUGUCGGGCCUGCCCAACGAGGUGGACUUUGCCAUCAACGUCUGCACGCUGCUGUCCAACGAGAGCAAGCACAGCAUGCAGCUGGAGAAGGAGCCCAAGCUGGUCAGCCUGCUGCUGGCCCACGCGGGAGUCUUCGAUGACUCGUUGGGAAGCUUUUCUGCCGUGUUUGGGCUGGAUUGGAAGGAGAAGACAUCUCGGGACUUCAACCAGUUCUGGAAGGAUGUCAUCGAGGACACAGAAGUGCGAGAUCUUAUCCUAGACAGCAGAACUGCUGCAUCACCAGACGUCGAGCAGACCGUGCAGACGACGACAGACCCCCACCGGCGCUCCUCGUCGCUACUGUUCCACCCGGCGCGGGAGCCCGGUCUGGGCGACGUGGAGGGCCAGCGCGUGCUGCAGGUGGCCCUGAUCCUGCGCAACUUGUCCUUCGAGGAGGCCAACGUGAGGCUGCUGGCCACCAACCGUACCUGCCUGCGCUUCCUGCUGCUCUGCGCACACUGCACCUUCGUCUCGCUGCGCCAGCUCGGCCUCGACACCCUCGGGAAUGUCGCCGGCGAGCUGCAGCUAGACCCGGUGGACUUCCGGACGACCCACCUGAUGUUCCACACCAUCACCAAAUGCUUGAUGUCCAGGGACCGCUUCCUCAAAAUGAGAGCGAUGGAGAUCCUGGGCAACCUGAGCAAGGCGGAAGACAACGGCGUGCUGAUCUGCGAGUACGUGGACCAGGACUCGUACCGCGAGGUGAUCAGCCUGCUGACGCUGCCCGACGUCAUGCUGCUCAUCUCCUCCCUGGAGGUGCUCUACCAGCUCACCGAGCUCGGGGAGGUCACCUGCUCCAAGAUCUCCUCCGUCGAGAGGAGUAUAGACUUGCUGGUGAGGCUGGUGUCCAUUGACCUGCACACAUUUGGUCCCGACGCCCUGACUGCCGUCAAGCUGAUCGAGCACCAGGCGGCAGCCAGCCAGGUGACGGAGGUGCGGCCCCAGAUGAUCGAGCACGUGCCCCCGCCCAUGCAGGCGGGCCCACCUGGACAAGCAGCACCCAGAGUCCCUGUUCAGGCGGGGCCUCCCCCUGGCAUCGUGGAGCUGGAUGGGGAGAAGUUCACCCUUCAGUGGCUGAACGCCCACUUCGAGGCGAACGAUGAGGGCUCGGUGUCACGGACGGAGAUGUACUCAGAGUACCUGGCCACCUGCAGCAAGAUGGCCCGCAGCGGCAUCCUCACCUCCUCCAUCUUCUACAAGUGCUUGAGGACGAUCUUUCCCAAUCACGCGGUGAAGCGCAUGGAGGAGACGAAGGCGAACGCCCAGGCCCAGAUCCACGUGGUGGGCAUCCGGAGGAGAGCCAUCCCCCUCCCCAUCCAGCUGUACUACCAGCAGCAGCCACCACAGCAGCAGCCCAGCCCCGUACCACCCGGACACAAGCAGGAGCCCCCCUCGGAAACCCCUCAGGCACCCCCCACAGGUCUCCCACCUGGCAUGGCUGGUCAGCUCAUCCGGGCGCCACAGAUGACCUACGCCAUCCAAGCAGGGGCACCCCCACACGCGCGCACCCCUCCCCCCCAACCACAGCAACCCGGCAUGCCCAUCCCACCUCCCCGCUUCCCCCCGGCCAACGCAGCCAACCCCGGCGGCCUUCUCCAGCAGGCCCCCAUGCCCACCACUGUCACCCCCAUGCCACUGAGACCGGGUGGCAACCCGGGCAUGCCCAACCACAGUGGGGUGCCCGCCACCGCGGUCGCCCCCCAGCAGCAGGGCACCCCUCCUCUCCCCCUCCACCCUCAUGCUCCCCAGCAACAGCAGCAGCAGCAGUUGCUGCAUCACGCACCCGUCACGCUCUUCCAGCAGGGGGCUCCACCUCAGCAAGCCCACAUCUUCGCCGGACGGGUGCAGGGUGUCCCAGGGCAGCAGCAGCAGCGGUUGCCCCAGCCGGGUGGUGUGGUCGUGGGCACAGCUGGCCCAGAGUCCUCCUCCCCCUCCCCGCAGCCCCAGCCCCAGCAGGUGGUGCUGACCUCGGCGCCGCAGUUUGCCACCGCCUCAUCCAUCGUGGCGGCGGGCGGACAGGUGUUCACGGUGGCCGCCGGCGUGCAAGGCAACGCCCAGGGGCCCCGGGUGACGUUCCAGAACAUCGCGCCCAAGCCCGCGCCACAGCUCCAAGGUGCUGGCCAACAACAACAACAACAACAACAGUUCUCACAACAGCAGCAAGCUCAGCAACAACCUCAGCCACAACAGCAGAACCUGGUCAUUGUUAGUCAGAACCCCCAGCAGAACCCGGCAGCGUUCACGCCGGGCAUCCACCAGAUCGUGCUGGCCAACCCCUCGGGGAUGCCCACGGGCCAGACCAUCCAGCUGGCACCUGGGCAGCCUCCCGUCACAGGUGGCGCUACCCCACCAACGUCCGGUCCCCUCCAGCAGCAGCCUCAGCAACAGGGUGUCAUGGGCAACCCCUCGCACCCGGGUCAGCCCGGACCACCGCCCACGGUCAGCCAGAUGCUCUCCGUCAAGCGCCAACAGCAGCAGCAGCUCCCGCUCGGCCACCCCCAGCACCCGCAGCAGGCGUACCCUCAGCAGUCGUUGUCCCCCCAGAUGCAGCCCCUGCCCCCCGGCCCACAGCCUACCUCCACCGAGUCCAGCCUGAUCAAACAGUUACUGCUUCCAAAGCGCGGGCCCUCCACGCCGGGGGGCAAGCUGAUCCUGCCGGCCCCCCAGGUGCCUCCCCCGGCCCCGGUGGUCAGCAGCAGCGGCGGCGGGGGCGGUCUCAUGCCCCGGGCGCCCAGCCCCAGCCCCCACCACCAGGUGGUCUACCAGGUCACCAGCGGCGGCGGGCAGAGCACGCAACAGCAGCCUCCUCAGCAGCUGAACGUGCAGCUGGUGCCAGGCGCCCACCCCCACCCUCACCACCCCCACCAGGGCGCCGUGCAGACGGUGCCCAUCUCCAACAUCCAGCUGCUGCCCGGCCAGCAUCUCAUCUCCACCAGCACCAUCCACCACCCGCACCCCCACCAGGUACCAGGUACGCCCGCCAACCAGGUCACGUUCACGGUAGUGCCAAACACGGGCUUCCCUACCGCCGCCGCCACCACCACGGCCAUCGUCCAGGGUGUGCCCACGCAGUUGGCUGUUUCGCAGCAACAGCAGCAGACGACAACGACGAUGACGGGGCACCUGGCAGUCAGCGGUGGGGUACCCCAACCCCCGCAACACCCCUCCAUGGGGGUCCAGGUGUACCCGCAGCAGGUGACGUCGCCCCCACCCCCCCAGCUACCCUUCCAGCAGCACCCAGGCAUGGGUGGCGGGAGAGUGCCCACGCCGCCCGUGGUGCCCGUGGCGCCCGUCGUCCCCGUGCCCGUGCCCGUGUCGGUGCCCUCGCCGCCGUUCCGGGCGGACAAGAUCAUCUGCCAAAAGGAGGAGGAGGCCAAAGACGCCACGGGGCUGCACGUGCACGAGCGCAAGAUCGAGGUGGUGGAGAACGUGGGUGCCGACGGGCCCAAAACCAGCAACGGGGACAUCACGGGCCCCAACAACAAUGGCAGCAACAACAACGCGCCAUCCGACAGCCCCAACAGCAACAACAACGCAGCCAAGCUGCUGAACGGGAGGAAGUGCGUCGACUCGAGUCUACCUCCGCACCACUCAGGGAACAACAGUAACACCAACAUCAACAACAGCAGUCAGUCCGCCACAGCGACCGCUGCCAACGGCCCCUCGGUCUGGGAGGGCAGCGACGUGAAAAUGACAAAUCCCGCUGUCCAGACGCCGCAGACGAACCCCAACUCCAACCCCAGCUCAAACCCGGACCCCCGAAAGCUCCUGGUCAACGGGGUGUGCGACUUUGACCGAGGGGACGCCCUCGGCGGCGGCAAGAACAUUCCAAAUCACAAAGCUUCCAAACACUUGGGGAACGGCGAGGUGGUGGCCCCCACGGGACACAGAGCAGGGGACGGCACCUCACCCCAACCUCAGCAGCUGGACACUGCCAAAGCAGAGCCGUCGGAGCUCCAACAGCAGCAGCAGCAGCAGCAGCAGCGGGUGGCCAACGGGCCCAAGAGCGGGGUGAUCCGGGGCCCGGAGCUCUCCAACGGUCCCUCGGGCCAGGCGUACAGUGGUGACCCCCUACGGCCACAGCAGCCCCCUCACCAUCACCUCCACCACAACCCGCACCAUCCACAGCCCCCACCCCACCACGCUGGAAAUCAGACCCCUUACAGCUCCGAGGUACCGUCCCAGCAACAGCAGCAACAUACGCCACCACUGCCCACGAACGGUGCCAGCGGUAGUGAGAUGCGGGGUGCCACCAAGCGGCCGGCAGACGACGGGCAUCCGUCGGGCAUCCCCAGCAAGGUGGGCGUGCGCAUGUUCACCAUCAGCGACCCCAACAACGCGGGCCGCAGCGCCACCAUGGUGGCCGUGCCGGCGGGGGCCGACCCAAGCACAGUAGCCAAAGUAGCAAUAGAGAACGCAGCGCAGCAACAGCAGCAGAAGCCCUGCUUGCCUUCAGCCCAGCAGCAGCAGCAGCAGCAGCAGGACAACGCUCCUCAGCAGCAGCAGCCUGCGUCGGCAGCUAUGUCCGUGGGCGCGGCGGUGCCCAAGCCCCUGCCCUUAUCCCUGCAGGGCAGCAGUGCCAGCAGUGCCAGCUCCAGCCCCUCUCUGGACAGCCCGCAGGCCAUCGCCCUGCCACAGGAGCCGCCUCGCAAGCCCGGACACAACUUCAAGUGUCUCUGGCAGUCCUGUAAACGGUGGUUCGAGACGCCAUCUCAGGUGUUCUACCACGCUGCCACACAGCACGGUGCGAAGGAGGCCUACCCUGGCCAGUGCCUCUGGGAGGGCUGUGAACCCUUCACUCGGCAGAGACUAUCCUUCAUCACUCACUUACAGGACAAGCACUGCUCGAAGGACGCACUAAUCGCCGCCCUGAAACUGGAGGAACAGAAGCAAAGCGGCAAUCCCAAUACUUCCAAGUCUCCGCCAGUGGCUGCCAGCAGUCCGACGCCGCGACCACAGAAAGCUAUCGUCAAUCACCCCAGUGCUGCCCUCAUGGCGCUGCGCAGGGGGUCACGGAACCUGGUCUUCAGGGACUUUACCGAUGACAAAGAGGGACCAAUGACCAAACACAUACGACUAACUGCUGCCUUAACGUUAAAGAACGUCGCCAAGUAUUCGGACGAUGGGCGAAGGUUGGUGAAACGGCACGAGAACCACCUGUCGGUCAUGGCGCUCAGCAACAUGGAGGUCUCCACGACGCUUGCCAAAUGCCUUUACGAACUCACCCACACUCUACAGGCUUGAGCCAAGCUGAAUUGUCCCCCCAAAAAAGAAGAAAAAAAUACAGAGAAAUAGAAAAAUAAUAAAAGCCACGAGAGGAACACCACCACCACCACCAUGCUUGGCUUCCCGUUGUGCUGGCUGGCGAACAAGUCUAUUCUGCUGUGGUGGCAAAACACAGGAGGGAGAAGGAAACCGCUCUCUCCCCCCACUCAAAAAAAUGGGUCCUUCCCCUCUCCUCCCACCUCUUUCCGCCCCACUCCUCCAUCAUCCCCCUUUCCCAGUUCUUUUCUCAGUAUGCUUGGACCGCCUACAAUCACCCCUCACCUCCCCAUCUCCUCCUGCUCCUCCUCCUCCUCUCCUCCUCCUGAUCUCCUCUCCCAGUCUCCUUCUCUCCUUCACAAAACAAACUGACAAGGAGUAAAGCAAACAAAAAAGGAUGUAAGACAAACGGACGAAAUGAGGAGGAGGAGGAGGAGGAGGGGGUUAGAAACCACAAACUGCCAUGGGGUCUUCCACCAGCCACUGAGAAAACCAGCCACCUGCUCUUCUUUCUUCUCCACCCUCUCUCUGCAAUCUCUCGCUAACUUUGUACUCCCCCACAAAACUCCUCCCCCCCCUUUCCAGAUACGAGCACAUUUUUUCUAAAUCCUGGAUGAGUGGCAACACACUCAAGACAGUUCCUGGUUCCCCGAACCAACAUGGACAGACGGACGGGGGAAGGUGAGAUGGGGUACAGUUGGGUGGGUUGGGCUCUGGUGUUGGAGGGACUAUUGGAGAAACGCAGGGUUUGUGGGUGGGCAAAAAAAAGGGGUACGGGAAGGGUGAAAGGGUGGGGUCAUAGGAUGGACGACUGGCUAGAUUGUUUUUUUUUCUUUUAGAACUUGAUAGCUUGUUUUUUUUUUCUUACUUGAGCCGAUUAUAUU